UCACACAGAAAAUAAUACAAAUUAAAACAAAAGAAAAAUUUACAGUUUUAGACAUUGAAUAGAGACCAUGGCCGAUGAAUACGAGCCCAAUGCUAUGGAUCGCGAAUUCGAUAGUUUCUUUCAUAAAGUUAGCUGUUUUGUGGUCACGGGCUUUCCCUACGAAGAUCGGUGUGCGUUUGUAUUGAACGCCUCAAAUUGCAUAGCUGGCACGAACUUUGUACCAUACAUGAAGAUAAUGUCCUGUGACCUUGGCUGCAAAAACAAAUUCCAAGAGCUGGCCUUCAUCAGUUUGCUACUGCUGUUCUGCGUAGAGCUGCUGAUCUUCCUGGGCGUGGUGAUCAACCAAUACUAUAGCCCGGCACUAAAGAUGCUUUCACGGUUAUGUCAUUUAAACGAACAUUUGGCAGGCAUAACAUUCUUAGCAAUAGGUAAUAGUACUCCUGAUAUGUUUUCUAAUUUGUCGGCAAUCAAUGACGAAACGCCAGUGGUUGCAAAUACAUUGUCGCUGGCAUUGUUUGUUACCAUAUUCACUGGAGGGCUACUCUGUUACAUGACUCCUUUUAAGAUGAAUAAGCAUGCUACUGUGCGGGACAUACUCUUCUUUAUUCUGGGUGUGUCCCUCCUGGAAUAUGUUGUGGCUGAUACUAAAGUCAGGCUAACAGAAUGCAUUCUCAUGUUCUUGGUGUAUUUCAUUUAUUUGGCAGUGAAUUUCGCCGAUGUAUAUCUUAUGCGUGCAGCGUUGCGGUCUAUAAGCCGGACAAUUGGCAAGCUACGGCGUUUACCAAAGACACCAGAGCUAGACGCGGAACUGGCAAAGUUACGUAAGAAAUAUAAUUACUAUGCUGAGGACGAAAACUUUGAAAUAAUACACAAGCCGGGUGACCAGUUUUUCAGUUCACAGGAUAUUGGAAAGAGUCGAUUCACAUUUGUAACAAGGAAAACAGGUGUCCGUCGAUAUACCGUCGACAUAGAUGGCAAUCGAAAUGUUUUUCAUAAUUCCAGAGUACCUAAGAAUCAUCGUCUGUGCAGAGAAUUCAUUGAAGCCAUUAAUCCCAUCGAUUCGUACAGUUGGGGCCGGGCUAGCCUUCUUACCCGCAUUUAUUACUUGGCCAAGAUGCCCAUUACUGUUAUCUGUGUGCUUUAUAUACCUUUAGUCGACUACGAGCUGGACAAACACGGCUGGACCAAGCUGCUCAAUUGCAUGCAUAUCUUUUUAAAUCCGGCAAUAACGCUCAUCGUUGGCCAAGCAUUUAUUUUCAGAGACAAAACAACUCUUUGGUACAAAAAGAUUCUUGUAACCUAUCAUUAUGGCCUAUACUCUUGCCUAAUAACUGUCCCGCUAGCAAUUCUCGUAUUCUUCCACUCUAGCACCAAUGUGCCUCCAAAAUAUCACUGGUUGUUUACCAUUAUGAAUUUAUCCGGUUCAAUGUGCCUGAUCUUUGAGACUUCCAGCGAAGUGACUGUAAUUCUGGGCGUUGUUGGCAAUAUACUGGAUAUACCAACUGAUUUUAUGGGCGUGACUGUUACCACAAUAGCUAGUGGAAUGAAUGAUUUGGUAGCAAAUGUUGCUAUGGCUUUGCAGGGCUAUGAAAAAAUGGCAUAUGCUGCCUGCAUUGGCAGUCCGUUCUUCAAGGUGAUGCUCUCUCAAGCUGUCAUGUUCACCGCGAUCCACGUUCAAGGAAUAGUUGAGAAGAAAAACAAAUAUGGAAAUUAUGGGGAUAAUACGUACAUAUUUUUAAUUUUGGGACUCUGUCUCACAUUGCUUUGGGGCUCAGUGUUGAAUUUCGAAGCUCGUCGCUCAGUCGGCAUUUUCUCCAUGGCGCUCUACGUAAUAUUUUUAAUAUUUGUCAUAUUCAUUCAAUUGGGCUUUAUACACUCAUAUAGCAACGAUCCAUUUAUUUUAGAUACUUUUGACAUAGACCGCAAAGAAAAUAUAUAAAUAAUA